GUAGCCAUACUGGAUGACAAUGUGACAAACAACGAGGCCAAGCAGUUGAAUUGUAAUAAGUGCAGUUUCCAGUUGGUUGAGAGCAUCCCGGAGAACCUGACAUACACACCUGGGAGUGUGCGUUAUCCAAGUAUCUACAAUGCAUGGGUUACUCUCAUCAACAGUGCAGAAACCUCCAUCGAUAUUGCGGCCUUCUAUUGGACGCUCUUGUCUGUGGAUGUUGGAAAGAAGCCCCAUCCUGCUUGGGAAGGAGAGGAUGUCUUGCAUCGUCUUAAUGUCACUGGUCAACGCCCAAAUAUAGCAAUUAGAAUAGCUCAGAAUGCACCAUCAAGAGUGUCUCCGCAGCGUGACAGUGCAAUGCUGGCAGAGGCUGGGCAGCAGAGAUUACUGCUGUCAGUACAUGAAAGUCAUCCCCAGGUUCGAAGUGUGAAUUUCUCACAUUUAAUGGGUGCUGGCGUUCUGCAUACAAAGAUGUGGAUCGUUGAUGGCAAACACAUUUAUCUCGGAAGUGCAAAUAUGGAUUGGCGAUCCCUGACACAGGUCAAGGAAGUUGGUAUCUUGAUUACAAAUUGCUCGUGCUUGGCUGAAGACAUGAGCAAGAUCUUUGAGGUAUACUGGCAAUUGGGCAAGAAAGGAGCGGAGAUUCCUGCUGUUUGGCCUCGCGACUUGCAGACAGAAUUCAACAUAGAGAACCAGAUGUCUUUACCUCUCAGUGGGGCUGAAGUAAAAACUUAUCUCUCUAGUUCUCCACCACCAUUCUGCCCAAAAGGGAGAGCCAAUGACGUAGAUGCUAUUGUUGAUGUUAUAAACAAAGCAGAGAAGUUUGUGUACAUUGCAGUUAUGGAUUACUUCCCAGAAUGCUCCUAUCAUACCAAGUUUUGGCCAGUCAUUGAUGACAGGUUACGUGCUGCUGCAUACGAGAGGAAGGUGCGCGUGCGUCUCUUAGGAUCACACUAACACACCCGAGAUGACAUGAAAUAUUUCCUGAAGUCUUUGCAGGACCUUUCAAGCACAUCCACUGGAAUAGACAUCGAAACCCGCUUGUUUGUAGUGCCAGCAUAUACUGAUGAACAGCGGAGGAUUCCAUUUGGCCGUGUAAACCACAACAAAUACAUGGUGACAGAUAAUACAGCCUAUAUAGGAACAUCAAACUGGAGUGCGGACUAUUUCAUAAACACCGGUGGCAUCGGGCUGAUUGUGAAUGAGACAGAUUCAGCAGUGACAAAAGGCGCCGAAGGAAACCUGGGGCUCCUUCUUCGGCAGCAACUUCAAGCUCUGUUUGAAAGGGACUGGACCUCGGAACAUGCAAAGCCCAUUGAUGAAUUCUUUUAAUUUGGAUGUG